CAAAUUCGCGAAUAUUGUUCAAAAGCGAAAUCCUGAAAGGAAUAUGAAAAAGUUGAAAGUAGAUCCGAUAGGAAUUUUUCAAGCAGGUUCAAUUUUUCUUGUAAGAAAAAACUGAAAUUUUUUCUUAUUAGCAAAGCAUAUCAAAAAACCUAUUACCGUUAAUUGAAAAUAUAUAAAUAAUAAACAGUGCUGUGUGCGAAAUUGUAUUUUAGUGUUUUCUCGUUAUAAAUUUAGCAGUUUAGCAGCAAAACUACAGAAAUGAAUAAUAUGGAUCACGUAAAAAAUUUUUAUCCUGAAAAUUAUAAACUGGAUCUUUCGGAAACAAUGAAGGCAGCGCUAUCAAAAGGGCCAGGUGGUGUGGGCCUUGGCGGUGGGGGCGGUGGAUCAGGCAGCGCUGGUAGUAGUGGUGGUGGACAUGGAAUGGGUGCGGCAGUAUCUCAUAAUGAAAUACAGACUGGCGGAAGUACCGGUAUUCCUGGUGUUGGAUACGUAACAGAGAAGUUAUAUAUGCUAUUGCAGCUCUACUUGCAAAACAAAGGAUGGAACCCAAGUGCUGAAUUAUUGCAAUGCUUUACGGAUCUCAAAGAUAAUGCCAUGUUACCUAGCGCUGCCUAUUUGCAAGUUCUGGCUAAUCGUUUAACUUUGGACGCUCAAGGGCGUUUAAUAUUACGAGAAAAUGGUAAAAUUGUCCUUCCAUUUGAACAUUUCGCCAACGCUGUGAUGCUAAAACACAUGUCUGGCCCACAUGGACUGCAUUUAAGUGUUGAGGCUACUGUGCGUGCAGUGAUUGAAUCUUAUACAAUCGGUCGUGAAAAUUUUGGCAUGGAAAAAGAAUUCAUAAUAGAAGUUGUUCAGUCUUGUCCUAGUCCAGCUUGCCGUUAUUAUAAGAAUCAUCUUGGUAUGUCACCGUUGCCAUUUAUGGAUCAACAAUUCCCAGGGGUAAAUCACGCAGAUUUCCUACAGCAUUUGCCACACCUACCCCCACCACCGCCUCACCCCAUGGUUCCUGGAUCCACAAACAGCGGUGUCUCUUCUGCGGGGUCCUCAUCCUCAGGUGGAGGCAAUAGUAAUAUUACUGGUUCAUCUGGUGGUUCUGUUAGUGCAGGCGGAGAAGUCGACUUAACAAAAAGCUCCACAACAUCACACUCAACUGGAAAGGUGCCGGUCCCCACUCAACUGCAAAUGCUUACAAAGCAACAACAAAACAGUAUACAAUCACAAUUGUCGCAGCUUAGUGCAGCUGCUGCAGCAGCAGCCCACCAUCAACAGCAACAACAAGCCGCUGCUGCUGCAGCUGCUGCUGCCGCCGCUAAACAACAACAACAACAGGCACAAGCGGCGGCUGUUGCUCAACAACAACAACAGCAGCAAUUGACAGCGGCACUUUUACAGCAACAACAGAGUCGGGCAUUAGCUCAGCAAAGUUUGGAAAAAUUCAAUAACUUGAGUGCUUUGGAGAAACAACGUGUGCUGCAACAAUUAGAUCCAAAACAUUUCGAUCCAAUGGCUGUGGCUGCGGCAGCUGCCAAUUUACAAAUGCAGGGCAUUAGUGAUUUUAGGGUUGCCGCAAUCGCUGCUGCAGCCGCACAGGCAGCUGGAGGGUCUCCUAUGUUGCCAUCAUCUUCGACUGCUGCAUGUGGUGCACCGAUAAGCGGUAGUAGUGCCCUUAACAGCAAUAAUAGCAGUAUGACCGGAAGUGGUAAUAACAGUAAUAGUACUACUGGCAUUGGAAAUUGUGGCGGUAAUUUAAGUGGAGCCUCCGUUUUGCCAUCAACGGUUGGUAGCAUGAACAACAGUGGCGGGAGCAAUAGCAGCGCAAGUAGUGCGGGACACAUUCCUGUUAACAACACAAGUAACAACAACAUCAUUGGUGUAAGUGGCAGUGUCAGCAGCAACAAUUCCCACCAUAGUCAUCAAUUGCCGCCUCCAUCACAAUCGCCUAGUGCGCACUCCAGUCAUUCUUCGUCCUCAUCUUCAUCGCACUCCGCUGAACAAAUUGUUCAGAAAAAUGUAGAACUUUUGCGUUCUAAUUUGGAAUCUAUUGAAUCGAAUAAAGACUUGCUGGCAUUGCAUAAUGGCGCAUGGACUGUACCCGAUAAUAAUCGCGAACCUUUACCAGUGGGCCAAGAUAAAAUAGUGCGUAUUUUCACUGAGCUAAUGAGAAAUAUGGCGCGCAUGAAAACCUAUAUACGUCCGUCUAUGUGUAAACCAUACGGCAAACAGAGCGAGAGCUUACAGAAAACACUUUUGGAUACAAUACAGAUUGUACAAACCUUGCGUAAUUGCUUGCCAGCACCACACAUCCCGGUGUCCUCGUGGAAAAGUGAAAGUGAAGGUAACACUGGUUUAAUAACUGCGAAUAACGGUUCGGUAGGUAGUACGAGUAACAGCAUAAUGGGUGGAGUAGGCGCUGGUUUAAUGGUGACUAACAGAGUGGAAAAUUUGACCAACUGAAUGUAAGCAAAAUAUUUCCUUUUUCUCAUUCUAUUUAUAUUUUUUAGUUUUGUUAAUUUAAAUUUAAAGUGUUUUACGUUUUGCUCUACGUUGUUCACAAAAGAGAUGGUUCCAUAAACUGGAUUAACAAAAAACAAGCAAUUGCACAUUUUCAUGUACAAUUUCUUUCCCAAUCUUCUAAAAGAGUUACUCUUUAAAGUUGUUUUUUUUUUUUGCUGCGCUGGAAAAUAUUAUUUCAUAAAUCAUGAAACUUGUUGUUCCUUUCUUCACCCAACAAUAUCUCAUCAAGUUAGACACAACGAACAGUACUAUUCUAUAUAUACUAUAUUUCUGUUCGUUUUUAAAUUGUUUUAACAAUACUAAUUAAAACUCGCAAGCCAAGAACAAGACUGAAACAUUAAGAGACUUGGUACUAAUAGAAAAUGGAAUAUGGUUGGUGUAGAGAAUGUUUUAUUAGUAUUAACCCUGUUUGAUAUCAUAUCUCAACUCAAGCUUGAUAGAAGCGUUUAAAAGUUUUAAAUUAGAGGGCAUUUAAAAAUCGUUCUACUUAAAAAGUCCGAUAUUAAUUCACUGUAGUUUUAGCAAAAAAAAAAAGAAUAAAAAAAAAAAUAAAACCUAAAAGUUUAUGCAUAUUUAGAUGUUAGAUUAAG